UCCACCACGAUGCUGCUCUCGUUCGAAAACCUCCCGAAGGACGAGAUGGAGGCGAUGUGCACGCCGAUGCACUGUAUCCUCCCGGCCUCGGGCUCUUCCCGACACACUUCCCGACAAAACGCACUCCAUGGCGACUCCACCCGCUCAGACAGCCAUUUGGCCCCUGAGGACUCUCGGUCGGCGGCCGCCGCGGGGACAGGUGCGCUCUACCUUGGCUCUAUGGCGGCCGUGUUUGAGCUGGAGCUCUUGCGGGAGCAUGACAUAACGCACCUGGUCCAGGUGCUUGAGACGCCCUGGGCGCCUCAGCCCGAGUCCGGCGAGGGCCAUGAUCAGCUCAAACUUGCCUACCACCGCAUCGACAUCGAAGACAGCACCGCCGCGGGGCUGCGCCUCGGCGGCUACCUCGCGCCGGCCUGCGACUACAUCAAGGACGCGCUAGGGAGGGGCGAGAAUGUGCUUGUGCACUGCCAUCAGGGUGUCUCCCGCAGCGCGGCUGUCGUCAUCGCCUUCCUCAUCCGCGAGCGUAGUAUGGACUACGACGAGGCGUACGCGUUUGUGAAGCGGAAGCGGAGCUGUAUCCGCCCGAACGCAGGAUUUGUCCAGGCAUUGCACGAGUGGGAGGCCGCGUGCGAGAAGGCGCGGAAAAAACCACGGCCCCGUUCGGCGGUUUCGUCCACCUCAUCUUGCAUUUGUACCACCAGCACAUUCAGUAAUCAUUCACUCCCAUUCAUACACGAAUUGCAUACCCACUUGAAACUUCCAGGUUCCAACUGCAUCCGAGUCAUUUCCCCGGUAGUGUAUUGGAUCUUGGUGCGUGUGGAGAUGCGUGCCGUCCUCGGGGUUGUCUGUCAGGUUCGCUCGCUCCGCGAAUCGCCCGCCGAUGAGGAGUCAGCGCAGAUCCACACUGGCGCGACGACCCAUUAG